AAGAAGUAAAUUCAAGAUGUGAGCCAUGUCUUUUUGGAUUCUCUGGUUUCAACUGUGAAGAAUAUUAUCUCCUGAUACUUGUUGUGGUCUCCGUGGUUCUGGGCGUACUGUUUCUCAGCACUUUUAUUGCCACUAUAGUCAUAUCCAGACGGAAACGAAAAACUACGUCAUCUUCAGAUACCAACAGCAAAAUGGACCUUCUGGUCCUCCCCAAAGCUGCUACAAUUCCAAUGAUCUCACGACCGUCACAGAAAACCACAUCGUAUUCAAAUACAAACACCCAGCUGGACCUUCUGGACCUCCCCAAACCUUCUGCAAUCCCGAGGAUCCCACGGGCUAAAACUAAUCCUGACUGGCAACUAACUAAUCUGGAGAUGACCAACAGUGGAAGCACCAAUGCUCUUGUGACCAAAGAUCACACAGAGAACCGAGCGAAUGGAGGGUAUAACGGCCCCUAUGAUGACACAAGGAGCUAUAACAGUCGGAGCCCUUCUAGAAUGGGAAAUGGUCACACAAGAGGGAAUUACAGCGAAUGGACCACGAGGAACCCCUACGACCAGCCAGAUGAGGACCGAAUGCGCAGAUACUAA